UUUUAAUGAUCUGGCAACACCGCGUUCAAAACAAAAUAAAUGCACGUGCGUUGUUUUAGCUAAAAUGGAUGAGCAUGAUAUUUUUAAACUGAUUACUGCGGGUGUACGCUUCUCAAAGAAGUCUAUGAAGGAAGCACCUGGAAGGCCUCACCCAGAAAUUAAGGUUUCACAAGAAGCGGAGCCGGUGAAAAGAGAAAACUCAGACGAUGACCAAGAAUCAACAGAAUUCCGCUUGCUGGCUGGUGAAUCCAGCAGUCAACCGAAACGUAAGAAACCUAAGGGGGGGAAGAUUCCCUCCUCCAAAGAACUGGAGCUUCAAAAGGCUGCUGAUCUGGCAAACGAAACCAGGAAGCAGUACGGCAUCAGUGUACUUGGCAAGAAUGUUCCACCACCGGCGGCUAGUUUCGAUGAUUUGACUAGUAACUUCAAGCUACUGCCCCGCCUGCAGCAGAACCUUCUGGCCCGCAACUUUGACCGACCCACCCCCAUCCAGAUGCAGGCGCUGCCCGUGCUUCUUCAGCGCAGGGCUUUGAUGGCCUGUGCACCCACAGGAUCGGGAAAAACGCUGGCUUUCCUCACGCCUAUUAUCGAUGGCCUGAGAGCGCACAAAACCAGUGGCUUGAGAGCGUUAGUUCUAGCUCCCACCCGCGAGUUGGCCCAGCAAAUCUACCGUGAGUGUGCGGAACUUACCCGCGAAACAGGCCUGCGCACCCACUUCAUUAGCAAGGUGAGCGAGGCGAAGCAGAAACACGGCGCCGAGUGUAAGCAACGCUACGAUAUCCUCGUUUCUACACCAAACCGCGUCAGAUUUCUCCUGCAACAAGAGCCACCGCUGUUGGAUUUGUCGCUCGUCGAAUGGUUUGUUCUUGACGAGGCGGAUCGACUAAUGGAGGAGGGUCAGAACAACUUUAAGGAGCAGCUGGACGACAUCUAUGCCGCCUGCUCGAAUCCGGCCAAGUGUGUGGCCUUCUUCAGUGCAACAUACACGGUGCCAGUGGCCAAGUGGGCAUUGCGUCACCUUAAGAACCUGGUGCGAGUAACUAUUGGAGUUCAAAACAGCGCCACGGAUGCGGUGCAGCAAGAGCUACUGUUCGUGGGAUCCGAGGGCGGAAAACUGGUGGCCAUGCGGGACUUGGUGCGGCAAGGCCUACAGCCACCCGUUCUAGUUUUCGUCCAGAGCAAGGAGCGCGCCAAGCAGCUCUUUGAGGAGCUACUUUACGACGGCAUCAACGUGGACGUGAUUCAUGCAGAGCGAAGCCAGCAUCAGCGCGACAACUGUGUGAGAGCCUUCCGCGAAGGUAGCAUCUGGGUGCUCAUCUGUACGGAGCUCAUGGGCCGAGGCAUAGACUUUAAGGGCGUUAAUCUGGUAAUCAACUACGACUUUCCGCCCACCACAAUCUCUUACAUCCAUCGGAUAGGAAGGACUGGACGCGCAGGACGUCCAGGUAGAGCCAUAACAUUCUUUACACAGGAGGACACGGCCAAUUUGAGAAGCAUUGCCCUUAUAAUUAAGAACUCUGGAGGAACCGUACCGGAGUAUAUGCUACAAAUGAAAAAGGUUCGCAAGUCGGAAGCCAAGAUGAGAGCCAAAAAGCCGCUAGAUCGCGAGGAUAUAUCGACCAGGAUUCGACCGGAGAAAAAAACCGACGACACUCACAAAUCCGCCAAAGUGAAAAAAGUCGAGAAGACGGAGAAGGUUCUAAAAAAAGGCAAGAGCAAAGAUUUUAAGCCCAAGCACAACAAGCUCAACAAAAUCAAAGAUGAACUUAAGUCUUCUGAUAAAAAAACAGAAAAACCGUUAAAAACAAAAAAGAAGAAACUGUAAAUGUAUAAGAUAAACUUAAAAGUCAUUUUGAAUAAAGAUAAAUAAGUAAUCUAUACUAAGGGA